UCACGUGUCACGGGGGGCCGUGGUUAACUCGUCAUACGGAGGGGUCAAUUGGUAUAGUCCAACCAGUAUGACCGGGCAUACAUUUUAGCGGAAGUCAACAAAAACAUAUAGUACACACAAAUCUGAACUUCCGUAGACAUCAUGACAUGUUUAGAUAGUGGACAAAGAUUGUUGGCGUAUCUGCAUCCACAGUUUGAAGAUGAAGACGAUAGGAAAAAGACAUUUGAAUAUUGGCCGUGUCUCCCACAGACUGAAGAACAACUGGUAGAAGCAGGAUUUUACUUCACUGGUCAAGUCAGUACCGAGGGUCCAGUUCACACAGUUAACCCAGGAAAACCACAUCUUGACAUGUUGUCCAUUUCCGCAGCCUUGGAAUGUAAUUACAGCAUUGAACAAAUUCGUGAAGCCGUCCUUAGAUUUUUCAUGUUGUCUCGUGGUCAGUACCCGAACACAGCCAUCCUGCUGGGACUGCUACAAGCUACAGACAGAAACUUUAACAUGCUACAACAGCAACGACAGAGAACUCACAUUAAGGAUACAGAGCUGCAGAAGGAAAAAGAAACAUCGCGCACAGCCGAGUGUCGACUUGUGAGAGAGCAGCAGACGCACCGCGCUCUGGUCGAGGGUCAGGCGGCCGUCAUACAGAUUCACAGGCAGCAGCUGGAGAACAAGCAGCAGAUUGAGAAGAACCAGAAGGAGAUGAUCAGACGUCUGGCGGGCGAGUUACAGAAAGUCGGGUGAGAUCUACGAGAAAUACCUGAUGAUGACAGUGAAGAAAUCACAACUCCACCUGUUGACACUCGAUGUAAGGUCUGUCUGUCAGAAGACGUAAACGUGUUGUUCAGACCGUGUCGUCACAUCUGUUGUGGGUCUCAGUGUGCGCCUCGGUUCAUUGGACAAACCUGUCCAAUCUGUCGCGGCGUGGUACAGAAGUGGGAGCUUGUUUUCUUAUCAUAGCUCCACGGUUUGUCUUCAAAUCAAAGACUACCUGAUUUGUUUUCAUAGCAUAUAGUUCACACUUUGUCUUCGUAUCAUACAUUUUAUGAGUUGUCUUCAUAUCAGAGUUCUCAAUUUGUUCUCAUAUAGAUUCACAACAUGUCUUUAUGGGAUAGAGUUUUAGAGUGCAUGAGUUAUUGGAAACUUGCACAGUUUGUCAUGCAAAUUUGGAACAUAAUGUUUGGGACAACUUAACCAUUUCUCAGACAAAUUAUAUAAUGUUCAUUUCAUCUGGAUGAUCCACCAGAUUUCAUAUUCUAAGAUUUUUUUCUCAUCUCAAUUUCUCUGUUUCUUUCCAUUUCACAUUCUGUCCUUUUAUACCUAUUUGCUUUGUAAAUUAGCAUUAAAUGUGUAAAUAUUAUAUAUUCCUUUACAAUAUCUCAUUGUUUGAGUACCUGAUGUAAAUAGUCAUAAAGCAAAUUUGGUGCAAAAUAGAAAGAACAUUAAAAUGUAUUUUAAACUAAAGUCUGAAAUGAGUAUCAGAAUGCACUGGAUGCUUUUUGAAAGAGAUUUGUUCACAUUGUUGUUUAACAAAUGUGGUAGCUUGAACCGGUUUGACUUUACUGCUACCAGUAUUAGUUUUGAUAUAAUUCAAAUACAUGUUUCAUUGGUCAUUAUUACUAAGCAAUUGUUAUGUUUGUUGUACUAAUUUACUGUUGAAAAUGAUGUUUUGUACCAUAUGAACUGGUAAAGAUUGUUAUGUAUUGUAAAUUAAUGUUUCUGAACUCAUGCAAAAUUGUAAAAUUAAUUCCAUGAUGUUAUUCAAAGUUUCAUUUUGAUUCCAUUACUAUGGAAUUUCAUUGGUUUGUUUUCAUAUCAAUCAAUAGUGUAUGUCUUUAAAUGGCAAUGUUAUAUAGAAUAGGGCUUUAGGCAAAACCUGACUAAAGGUUUUAUAAUAAAUUAGAAAUAUGAUUGUUCUGAGCACAUUUACAAGACAAAAAAUCAGGAAAGAUAAUUGAAAACUAGUUCAGAAUAAAAUAAUGAC